GUACUGAGUGCCCCUUGUGCUUUAAUAUUCUUGAUUAUCCGAUGGAGAAGAAGGCAUCAAUCUUAUUAUGACAAUGUUGAGGACUUCCUCCGAAAUAACAGUAACCUGAUGCCCAUCAAGUACUCUUACUCAGAGAUCAAGAAAAUGACCAGUGGCUUCAAACACAAGUUGGGUGAAGGAGGCUAUGGUUAUGUGUAUAAAGGUAAGCUUCGAAGCAAUCGUGAUGUAGCCGUCAAGUUACUGACAAAGUCCAAAGCCAAUAAUGCACAAGAUUUCAUUAGUGAAGUUGCCACUAUUGGCAGGAUUCAUCAUGUCAAUGUGGUGCAGCUGAUUGGAUUCUGCACUGAAAGAAGUAAGCGAGCUCUUGUUUAUGAAUUUAUGCCUAAUGGAUCACUUGACAAGUACAUAUUCUUGGAGAGACAAAGCAACACGCCCCUCAAUUACAAGAAAAUAUUUAACAUUUCUCUUGGGAUUGCUCGAGGAAUUGAGUAUUUACAUCGAGGAUGUGAUAUGCAAAUUCUACACUUUGAUAUCAAACCUCACAAUAUCCUUCUUGAUGAAAAUUUUAAUCCAAAGAUUUCGGAUUUCGGAUUAGCUAAGUUGUAUCCAUUAGAUAAUAGUAUUGUGUCUCUGACAAAUGCAAGAGGAACAUUUGGAUACAUGGCUCCUGAAUUCUUGUACAAGAACAUUGGAGGAAUAUCACACAAAGCUGAUGUUUAUAGUUUUGGGAUGCUACUGAUGGAAAUGGCUGGCAGAAGGAAGAACUCAAAUGUCAUUGAGCAUUCCUGGCAGACCUAUUUUGCUAAAUGGGUUUAUGAUCAAUUUGAGGAAUCAAUAGAGGGGAGCAAUAUCUCAGAUGAGGAAAGAGGAAUUGCAAAGAAGAUGAUCAUAAUAGCUUCACAUUGCAUACAGAUGUAUCCUAAUGAUCGACCCUCGAUGAAGAAUGUGUUAGAGAUGCUUGAGGGAGAAAUGGAGCUUCAAGAGGCUCUUCCUCCCUAAAUUUAUGUAA